AUGUAUGACGAAGUUCCCAUCCUCCAAACUAAAAUAAUUAAAGAUGAUGUAUACCACAAAAAUUAUAAAGAAAUGUUUAGUAUGGUAGAAACUCUAAAUGAACGUUUAAAUUUAGCAGUUAAACAAGGUCCCGAUAAAGCAAUCGAUCAUCAUCUUAAACGUGGACAAUUGUUGGUUCGUGAUAGAAUCGAUCUUUUAUUAGAUGAAGACUCACCAUUUUUAGAAAUAUGUCCUUUAGCGGGAUGGGGUCAAGAUGAUAUGACAUUAGGUGGUUCAAGUGUUGCAGGUAUCGGUCUUGUUUGUGGAGUAGAAUGUUUAAUAAGUGGUAACGUCCCAACAUUAUUUGGAGGUUCUUCUAAUGAAGUUAGUGUAGAAAAAGGUGUUAGGAUUAGUACUAUAGCUCGGCAAAAUAGGUUACCUUUAAUUCAAUUAAUUCAAACUGGUGGAGCUAAAUUAGAACAGCAAUCUAAAGUUUUUCAUCCAGGUGGUGCUCAUUUUCGAAGUUUGGCCGAACGCACAAAAGCCGGUCUUCCUACUUGUAGUAUAGUGUUUGGUAGUUCAACAGCUGGUGGUGCUUAUUCACCUAGUUUAACUGAUUAUGUUAUUAUGGUAAAAAAUCAAGCUCAAGUGUUUCUUGGUGGACCACCGCUUGUUCAAAUGGCUACCGGUGAAAUUGUUGAUGCUGAAAGUCUCGGAGGUGCAGAUAUGCAUAGUAGAAAGUCUGGUGUUUCUGAUCAACUUGCAUUAGAUGAGCAUGAUGCCAUAAGUAAAGCUCAUGAGCUUCUUGGAAUCGUGUCUGCAAAUAUUAGAGUGCCUUUUGACGCUAACGAGGUUAUCAAUCGUAUAGCGGAUGGAUCAAGAUUCACGACAUUCAAACCUCUUUAUGGUCCAAAUAUAAUCACUGGUUGGGCAGCUAUUCAUGGUUUCCAAGUGGGUAUAAUAGCCUCUAAUAAUGUUUUAUUCAUUCCGGAAAGUAAUAAAGCAACCCAAUUUAUUCGAAUGUGCAAUAUGAUGAAUGUACCACUCAUAUUUCUUCAAAACACCACAGGAUUCAUGGUAGGUAAGAAAUAUGAGGAGGACGGGAUAAUUAAAGCUGGAACACAUUUUGUUAAUGCCGUUAGUAAUAGUCAAGUUCCUGCUAUCACUAUUAUGAUGGGUGCAUCUUAUGGUGCAGGAAAUUAUGCUAUGUGUGGUAGAGCUUAUAAUCCAAGAUUUUUGUUUUCAUGGCCAAACAGCAAAUGUUCAGUAAUGGGCCCAGAUCAAUUAACCGGAGUUAUGGAUUUAAUUUCUCGUGAAUCUGCUGCUAGAGCUGGCAAAAAAAUUGAUGAAAAAGUAGCCGCAAGAACUAAAGCUUUUUUGUCAAGUAUAGUGGAUCAAGAAUCUGAUGUUUAUUGGACAACAUCAAGGUUAUUAGAUGACGGAGUAAUUGAUCCAAGAAUGACUAGAAUUAUUUUGGGAUUCUGUUUAAGUGUUAUUUAUAAUGAGAAAGUUAAAGGUGGUAACUUAGGUGGUGUUAGUAGAAUGUAA